AACAAGGGGCCAGACAUGGCGUCCCCCACAGCUCUCGCCGUCCUCGUGUUUGCAGUGCUCAUCGUCCCGUUCCCGCCGAUAACUUCCGCAAACCACAAUCAUGGCUUCCGCGCCUCCCUCACUCGCAUGCGCCAACAAUUCAGCAACUACUCCGCCGCGGUACACGGCGACACGCACCGCCUGGCUUUCCUCGCGCGCGCUCCAACGACGAACGCCACGACCACCCUUGCCCUCCAGGCGCUGGUCGAGAACGGCGCCGGAGCGUACCACAUGAGCUUGUCCAUCGGCACGCCGGCGCUCACCUUCCCUGCCAUCCUCGACACCGGCAGCGACCUGGUCUGGACGCAGUGCGCGCCGUGCACCCAGUGCUUCCCGCAGCCGACGCCGCUGUACGACCCGGCGGGCUCCUCCACCUUCUCCAAGCUCCCGUGCGCGAGCCCGCUCUGCCAGUCCAUGCCGAGCCCCUUCCGCGCCUGCAACGCCAGCGGCUGUGCCUACGACUACCGCUACGUCGUCGGCUUCACCGCCGGCCGCCUCGCCACGGAGACGCUCACCGUCGGCGACGCCACGUUCCGCGACGUCACGUUCGGGUGCAGCACGGCGAACGGCGGGCACAUGGACAACGCGUCGGGCAUCGUGGGGCUCGGGCGCAGCCCGCUGUCCCUCGUGUCGCAGCUCGGCAUCGGCCGGUUCUCCUACUGCCUCCGCUCGGAUUCGGAGGCCGGCGCCAGCCCGAUACUGUUCGGCUCCCUGGCCAGCGUGACAGGCGACAACGUCCAGUCCACGCCGUUCGUCCGGAACCCCGCGGUGCCGGUGCGACGCGCCCCGUACUACUACGUGAACAUCACCGGCGUCACGGUCGGCGCGACAGGCCUCCCGGUCGCGCCCAGCACGUUCGGCUUCACGCGCGCCGGCGCGGGUGGCGUGAUCGUCGACUCCGGCACGACCUUCACGUACUUUGCCGAGGCGGGGUACGCGAUGCUGAGGCAGGCGUUCCUCUCGCAGACGGCUGGCCGGCUGACGAGAGUGAGCGGCGCCCCGUUCGACUUCGACCUGUGCUUCGAGUCAGGCGGCGACCUCGACGUCGACGCCGUGCCCGUGCCAGGUCUGGUGCUCCGUUUUGCGGGCGGCGCGGAGUACACCGUCCCGCGGCGAAGCUACUUCGACGCCGUGGACGAGCAAGGCCGUGUGGCGUGCUUGCUGGUGCUGCCGACGAGGGGCGUGUCCGUCAUAGGCAACGUGAUGCAGAUGGACCUGCACGUACUCUACGAUCUCGACGGCGGGGUGCUAUCCUUCACCCCGGCUGAUUGCGCUAGUGUUUGAUCACGGUGUCACAUUAUUGAUUAUAAUGUCGGUUCACAAUUUUUAUGAACUAGACGACUAUAUAUCGACGCGGAUCUUUCAAACGUGUGGCGAAUGCACCUGGAAUGGAAAAACAAUU